UCAGCCCAGGCCAGAGCUCCGAGGCCUGGCCCGGCGGGGCGCGCCCUGGCUUCAGAUGCCCGCUGCUCGGCGCCUGGUCUUGCCUGUCGGGAGCCCUGGUCCGGGAAACAGCCAGGGAGCGAGGGGUGGUUCUUGUGCUGGAGGACGCGUCCUCCCUGUGCGGUGGUUCCAGGGAGCUGGAGGAUGCACAGGGAAGCCCACGCUGGAGCUUGAGGAGGAGACAAGAUUAUCUUCAGCCAUCAAUGAAGAUGAAGAGCCACUCCUAAGAAAGAGUUCUCGUCGAUUUGUCAUCUUUCCAAUCCAGUAUCCUGAUAUAUGGAAAAUGUAUAAAAAAGCACAGGCAUCCUUCUGGACGGCAGAGGAGGUUGACUUAUCGAAGGAUCUCCCUCACUGGAACAAGCUUAAAGCAGAUGAGAAGUACUUUAUCUCUCACAUCUUAGCCUUUUUUGCAGCCAGUGAUGGAAUUGUGAAUGAAAAUUUGGUGGAGCGCUUUAGUCAGGAGGUACAAGUUCCAGAGGCUCGCUGUUUCUAUGGCUUUCAAAUUCUCAUCGAGAAUGUUCACUCAGAGAUGUACAGUUUGCUAAUAGACACUUACAUCAGAGAUCCCAAGAAAAGGGAAUUUUUAUUUAAUGCAAUUGAAACAAUGCCAUUUGUAAAGAAAAAAGCAGAUUGGGCCUUGCGAUGGAUAGCGGAUAGAAAAUCUUCUUUUGGGGAAAGGGUGGUGGCCUUUGCUGCUGUAGAAGGCAUUUUCUUCUCUGGAUCAUUUGCUGCAAUAUUUUGGCUAAAGAAAAGAGGUCUUAUGCCUGGACUCACCUUUUCCAAUGAACUCAUCAGCAGAGAUGAAGGGCUUCACUGUGACUUUGCUUGCCUGAUAUUUCAAUAUUUAUUAAAUAAGCCCUCGGAAGAAAGGGUCAGAGAGAUCAUUGUUAAUGCUGUUGAAAUUGAGCAGGAGUUUUUAACAGAAGCCUUACCAGUUGGCCUCAUUGGAAUGAAUUGUGUUUUGAUGAAGCAGUAUAUUGAGUUUGUAGCUGACAGAUUACUGGCAGAACUUGGAUUCUCAAAGGUUUUUCAGGCAGAAAAUCCCUUUGAUUUUAUGGAAAACAUUUCUUUAGAAGGGAAAACAAAUUUCUUUGAGAAACGAGUUUCAGAGUAUCAGCGUUUUGCAGUUAUGGCAGAAACGACAGAUAAUGUCUUCACCUUGGAUGCAGAUUUUUAAAAUCCUCCCCAUAUGUAAACCUGACCCUAGUGAAAUAUCUACUCUUUUCACUGUUUUUUAAACCUGUAAAUAUCUCCUUUAGGGGGCAGGAUUUUGCUAAAAAAAAAAAACAAACAAAAAAAAACACCACCACAAAACCAAUUUUCAAUCAAAUUGAAUUUAUUUAAAAACACUUUAAUUUUUCUGUUUAACAACCAAAGUGUGACCUAAAUACUUUUGUCACUAAAAUGUAAGGUCAAAUAUUAUAUAGUGUUUAAGAACAUGGGUGAAGGAUCAUAUAUGAAUUUGAUAUGUAGUCCUUACUACUUCUGUAUGACUCUUGAUAAGUCACUUAAUCUUCUCUAAAGCUUAGUAUACUUGUUUUUAAAAUGAAUGUAAUAGUAGGCACUAAGUUCAUAGAGUGUUUACGAAGAUGAAAGUGCAAAAUAAAUUCUGAUCUAAUACUACCACCACCACCACUACUGCUAUUACUACUUAUUAAUAGUGCUAAUUGCAGUGAUGUGAUAAAAUGCUCCCAUCUCCACAAAGUAAUUGUGACUCUAGGUCCUAAGAUCAGGAUUUUUCUGUUCUGAAUGUUUGGGAAAGAAUAUAUAGAUUUCCUUAAAAAAUACAAUUCUCAUUAACACAGUCCAACUUCUUUGGAUUUUCAGUAUGCUAUAAAGGAAAUUUAGGUUUUUAGAAGCUUAGAGCAGAAUGCUUAUGAAGAGGAAUCCAGGAGGUUGUCACGGUAGCUGAUUUAGUAAGCAAAAUGACUCCGCUCUGUCAGCCCACGGCAUUUUAAUAGUUAUUAGCCCCUCUACAUACCUAGUUGGGAGUGGGUCUUCUAUAGUCAGAUGAGUUUGGGAAAUACUGUAUAGUCCAUUCCUCUGGUAUGUGCAGUUGGUAUAUGAAAGACUGAGAAAUUUUGCAGUAUGCACACUGACUUCUCCCUGCAUAUGCCAAACCUUCUUAAUGCAGAUCUGAUUUCUAUCUAUUAAUUCUUCUCCUAACUAGUAUUUCUCAGAAUGUAGUUUGGAAAGGGUUGGCUUGAACCAUUUUUACAUAAAGGAAUGACUGUGAACUAAGCAAGGGAGAGCCUGAUAAGGGUUAUUGAGCCACUUUAGAUUUGGGCCAAGAUGAAUCAUGUAACUGUGAAUGACCUCAAUUGUGUUUCUUUAAUACUCUUUUAAAACUUAUUUAUGCUCCUCUAAGAUAGAGUUCUUUCAUUUUUAAAAAUUUUUUUAAAAAGAUUUAUUUAUGCAUACAAGAACUGGGGUUUAGGACAGAGGUGCUGGGAGGGUGAGUGGAUUCACCAGACAGAGUGGGGAGCAGAACAGGCAGAUCUACUGAAAUGCACUGCUGAGGGGAGCAGCGGGCGAGACAGGAGAGGUCUGCUGUGCCAUGUGGGUCACCUCCCUGGCCGGGAAUCGAACUUGUGUUGCAGUGGCUGCAGAUAGCUUGAUAGUGCUGCAUCUUAACCCCUUGCGCCACCAGGGAGGCCCAAGAUAGAGUUCUUUUAAUGGAACUAUGCAUGCUGCAUGAUAGAACAUGAGGAAGAUGUUGGUCUUAGCAGUUUAAAAAAAGGCCAGGAGCUGAGAUUUCUGAGAAGUUUGCCCCUUCUUUAUCUUACAAAGAGUCAAACAAUGUGGUUCCUUACUCACAGCAAGCUACUUUAUGAAAUUCUACAAGCCAAAAUUUAGAGAUUUUUCUCUGCAUAAAUAUUUGUUCUUUUUAGCCUCAACUGUCUAAUUGAUUAAAACUGGGGGUUCUAAGGUGGAUGCAAAAAGAAUGGACCAUAGCUAUUAGAGAGAAUAUCAGAAACCUUGAUAUAUUCUGGCCUCAGUAAUACCAUUUGUCUAUACAUGCUUCAGAGUGUGCCAGGUGUUUUUACAUCACCUUAUUUGAUCUCACGAUAUCUUUUUUUAAAAAGAUUUAUUUAUGCAUACAAGAACUGGGGUUUAGGACAGAGGUGCUGGGGGUGGUGAGAGGAUUCGCCAGAGACAGAGUGGGGAGCAGAACAGGCAGAUCUACUGAAAUACACUACUGAGGGGAGCAGUGGGUGAGACAGGAGAGGUCUGCUGCACCAUGUGGGUAGCUCCCUGGCUUGGCUGGCCUGGUGCUGCAGAGCUGCGGACAGCUUCACAGUGCUAUGCUUAACCCCUUGCGCCACCAGGGAGGCCUAUGAUCUCACAAUAUCUUUAAGAACUUGACAGAGCAACUGGUAUUGAAAUUCUACAGAUGGAAAGAGUGAAGCUUAGAGAAGCUAAAUAACUUGGCCAAGGUCUGCUCAUAGUCACUGUAUAAUUUUUCUUUUCUUUCUUAAAGGUUACCAUGUUUUUUGUCUUUAGUACUUUGCCAUCCAUCUCUCUUAUUCUGCUGAUUUCUUCAUUAAAGGCUCAUAUACUUUAAUUAAGGUACUACAUACCUAAAGUGUUAAUGUAUGUAGGCAAUAUAUUCAAAGAUAUUUGUCUACUGCUAUAACAAAAACUUAACAUCUAAUGUUGAUGAUAUCCAUAAUAUCAGAAUGAAAGAAAAGUCUUAUAUUGCAUGUUCCCUUUGUUUUGAAUCUGAAUCUUCCUCAUAGGUAAUGACAGGUGCCUUCGUAAGAAGGUUAUUUAUAAUAGUAAUAAGCCUAACUAUUGAAAUGAAAUCUUACAAUUGAAACACUGGAUUUUUAAUACACUGGUUUAUUAUUUUCAGUAUUCUAUAUACCUUUCCAUGUGCCUGGGUUACAUAUUUAUUUUAGUUGGUACUUGGCUCUUGGUUCUUAAGAAAUCAAGUUGUAGAAUCUCUUGUGACUGUUAUCUCGGAGGUAAAGAAAAGAACACAGAGUAUGUUUGCAAUUUUUUAAAUAAAUAUAUUUGAAUCAUUGCUAUAUUUACUGAAGUUCAUUAUAUAGGAAUAUAAACUUGUAGUUCUAAUGUAGAUGGCCUUUAAUAAGUGUGUUUAUUAUAUCUUGUAGAAUCAUUGCUUGGAAGGAAUUGGGAAGAUGAGUUUGAUCCCGUGCUUUCAGACAAGGCUAUUUUGCUGAUUAUAUAUAAUAAUAAACAAUUAUUUUACAAUACAAGGUUACCCCAGUUAUGUCUUAAUAUAUGAAAUUUUUGUCUCAUUUUGGACCAUCUACAUUUUUUUUCUUUUCACCAUUUUCUUUUUCAUCUGUUCAUGAAGAAAGUGAUAUUGAGAAAACAGCAGUUUGCAUGUGAAAAAAACUUGGUUUACAUUUAAAUAUGCUAACAUCACUGUCAUAGAAUUAAAUAUGCUAACACCCCUGUCAUAGAAUUACAUUUGUACAGAUUAAACUAAGAGCCAAAUGUUACUAAUUUACAGUGAUAAAACUACUGGGGCUUCCCUGGUGGCGCAAGGGGUUAAAACAUAACCUAUGAGGCUGUCCACAGCCACUGCAUCACAAGUUCGAUUCCCUGCCAGGGAGAUACCCCCAUGGUGCAGCAGACCUCUCCUGUCUGUUCCCCACUCUGUCUCUGGUGAAUCCUCUCACCUCCUCCACACAUCUGGCCUGUACCCCAGUUCUUAUAUGCAUAAAUAAAUAAAUCUUUAAAAAAAAGAUAGGCUUACAGGGGAAAAAAAAACCUAAGGCUGCCCGCGGCCUCUGCAGCGCCGGUUCGAUCCCCGGCUGCUCCCCGGCCACCGGAGGAGGGUCCCACAAUCUGCGC